CCCCUCCCAAAAUCGCUCCAUCACAUAAACCUGGGGGGGCAGGAGGGGGGUUCCUUCCGAUCCUCCCUCCAGACGCCCCCCCCCAGCAGGCCCCCUCCCCCACCAUUGAAAGCCAUGAAUUUUGAAUUUGAGAGGGAGAUCGGGUUUAUAAACAGCCAGCCAUCGCUCGCCGAGUGUUUGACUUCCUUCCCCGCUGUCUUGGAGACAUUUCAAACUUCAUCAAUCAAGGAGUCGACAUUAAUUCCUCCUCCUCCUCCUUUCGAGCAAACCUUCCCCAGCCUCCAGCCCGGCGCCUCCACCCUUCAGAGACCAGGGAGCCAAAAGCAAGCCGAAGAUGGGCCCGCUCUGCCGCCGCCGCCGCUCCCCGCUGCCCCCCCUGCCCCCGAGUUCCCCUGGAUGAAAGAGAAGAAAUCCGCCAAGAAACCCAGCCAAUGCGCCACGUCUCCUUCCCCAGCCGCCUCCUCGGUCCCGGCACCCGGGGUCGGAGCGCCCGCAGAUGGCACGGGACUGCCCGAGGCCGGCGGCGGCGGGGCGCGCAGGCUGCGCACGGCUUACACCAAUACGCAGCUGCUGGAGUUGGAGAAGGAAUUCCACUUUAACAAGUACCUGUGCCGGCCGCGCCGCGUCGAGAUCGCGGCCUUGCUGGACCUCACCGAGAGGCAGGUCAAAGUCUGGUUUCAGAACCGGCGCAUGAAGCACAAGCGGCAGACGCAGCAGCGAGAGCCGUCCGACGGGGAGCCCGCCUGCCCCGGCGCCCUAGAGGACGCGGGAGACCCGGCUGAAGAGGCCGCGGCCAGCCCAGGAGGCCCUUCCGCCCCGCAGGCGGCGCGAGAAGCCUGUUCUCACCUGCCCGAGGUCUCACCAGGCCCCGCGGGCGCUUCGGGUCCCCGGCCUUCGGCAGCGCUCAGGGAGGGCGCGAGGGCGCAGAGCCCACGCUGCAGGGCCGCGGGGCUGGAGCCGGAGCCGUUGCCAGAGGACGCCUUCCCAGAGCGACAGGAUUCGCCUUUCCUGCCCGACCUCAACUUCUUCGCGUCCGACUCCUGUCUCCAGCUCUCCGAAGGCCUUUCGCCCAGCCAGCAGGGAGCACUUGACAGCCCGGUUCCCUUUUCCGAGGAGGAGCUGGACUUCUUCACAAGCACGCUCUGUGCCAUCGACCUGCAGUUCCCCUAACCGGGUUCCCUGGCCCUUCAGAGCCUGGGCCCCCUGGCCAUCUGCAAGAAAACGCAAGGCUCCCCCUCCCCUGAGUCCCAUUGACUUCUUUAUGUGUUUUGCUAAAAUUCAGGUAUUAUUGAAUUAGCGUUUAAUCCAUUCCUUUUUUUUUCUCUCUCUCUCUAAAAUAUUGGGCACUUGGGCUUCUUUUAAAACCGACGCCGAAAAAUUCCGUUUGGUAGACUUCCUCCAACGAAAUCUCAGGAAUAAUUAAAUUCUUAAGGGUUUUCUUAAGAACUAGAGGGAACUAUUUUCCUUUUUUUUUUUUUUUAAGUUUUAGACCGUAGAUUAUUUAUUAAAAUUCUUUAAUAAUAGGAAAAGGGGAAAGUAUUUAUUGUACAUUAUUUUCAUAGAUUAAAUAAAUGUCUUUAUAAUAC